AUGACUCUCACUCUGAUACUCUUCCUCCCCAUCCUCUUCCUCACUGUGCUGCCAGUGAGUAGAGUAGCUGUAGAGAGUGGAAGAUCUGUCACCAUCCCAUGUCUCUAUGAUAGAGAAUAUGACUAUCACGUGAAAUACUGGUGUAAUGGGUCAAACUGGAAUUAUUGUGAAACUGUAGUAUGCACUGACUCUCCAACAGUUAAAGGUGAAACAUCAAUCACUGAUGACCCCACCCAUCAUGUCUUCACUGUUACCAUGACAAUGCUGACAACCUGGGACUCUGGAUAUUACUGGUGUGCUGUAGAUAUCCAGCGUGCUACAGAUAAGGGAGCAUAUCUGUACCUGUCAGUCACUGCAGGGCCUCCUGGACUCUGGGUUGAGCAGCAGGAGGUGGCCGGUGUGGAAGGGGGCCAUGUCAGUGUGCCGUGUCACUAUAAUGAACCGAGCAGCAUGAAGAAGUGGUGCAGGAUAGAGGGCUCCUGUGUGGAAGUGAAUUCUGGUGAAUCUGGUAAAUCUGGAAGAUCAGAGAUGGAAGAUGACCGCUCUAAAAAGGUCUUCACUGUGACGGUGAGGGAGCUGAACAUGGAGGACACAGGCUGGUAUUGGUGUGCUACUGGAGAACUACAGAUCCCUGUUCACCUCACUGUCACUCAGAAAACUACAACUACCACAGUCACCACACUGAGUAGAGUAGCUGUAGAGAGUGGAAGAUCUGUCACCAUCCCAUGUCUCUAUGAUAGAGAAUAUGACUAUCACGUGAAAUACUGGUGUAAUGGGUCAAACUGGAAUUAUUGUGAAACUGUAGUAUGCACUGACUCUCCUAAACGUACUGGUAAAUCAUCAAUCACUGAUGACCCCACCUAUCAUGUCUUCACUGUUACCAUGAGAAAGCUUCAGAUGAAGGACUCUGGAUCUUACUGGUGUGCUGUAGAGAUCCAGGGCGCUGGAGAUAAGGGAGCAUAUCUGCACAUGUCAGUCACUGCAGGGCCUCCUGGACUCUGGGUUGAGCAGCAGGAGGUGGCCGGUGUGGAAGGGGGCCAUGUCAGUGUGCCAUGUCACUAUAAUGAACCGAGCAGCAUGAAGAAGUGGUGCAGGAUAGAGGGCUCCUGUGUGGAAGUGAAUUCUGGUAAAUCUGGAAGAUCAGAGAUGAAAGAUGACCGCUCUAAAAAGGUCUUCACUGUGACGGUGAGGGAGCUGAACAUGGAGGACACAGGCUGGUAUUGGUGUGCUGUUGGAGAACUACAGAUCCCUGUUCACCUCACUAUCACUCAGAAAACUACAACCACAGUCACCACACAUACCAUCAAUGAUCAAAAGACCAGUCCCCCGGAACAAGGAAGCCAGCUGUGUUCUGGUGCACAGACGUGCCUGAGAAGGACUCUGUGGGUGCUACGUCACACCGGGCUUGUUUUGGUGUUCCUACUAUGCACCGCCGUCGCCUUUUGGAAGAUCUGGCAAAACCGCAGAGUGAUGCAAUCAAGAGAGAAUAGAAGACACAGGACGUUACACAACCAAAAUAAUGCCGAUGUAGUGUCGCUCUGAUGUCAUCACCUGGGCCUCAUCAGAAUCUUCCCAGCUCUGGAAUUUGUGGAAUUCCAAACAAUAUAAAGAAUAUGGAAUUUGCCUUUCUAGUUUUGAAAGUUUGUCAUUUUUUUGUGUGUGAGAAAUACAAGGUCCUCUGAAAAGUGUCAUUCCUCCUUUAGUAGAAGAUUUUAUUUGUAUUUGUAUUUGUGUUUUUGAGCCAGUCACCUAUAUAAUUUUUUUAUUUAUUUGUUUAUUUCCAUGUAAAGAUCUGAACAUUUCUAAUCUGUACAGCAGAGGACUGCAGUAAGCAAUCAAAUAAGGAAACUGAAGGUGUCUAUUUCUGAGGUCAAACAUUUGUAAAGGGGUAGGGACUGUAUUUGAUCCUCUGAAAUAUAAAUCUUCAUGUUCCGCGCCAUUGAACCGUAAUAUAACAUCCAGGCCUCUUCCCUUGUUGGGACGGUACUCUUUCGUCACGUUGUUGCCCCCUACUGAACAGACAGGGAACAUUCACGCAAAGAUGUCAAGAUAAUUGUGGUUCUAAUACGAACAUGCUUCAGCGCAACCAGAAAAAGGUGCAAUAAACAACAGGAAUAGGAAUGUUUGCCAAUAUAUGAGGAAGUGAAAUGCAAGUUCCGCAGGUCGCAGCACAGGGCUUUAAGAUAUGUAUCCCAUAGCAUUUAGGGUGUUGAUAUUUGGCUGAAGAGCAAGACUGCAAAUUAUUUAGUUCAUCCAUAAUCCCAAACAAGCUGCUAUUUACUACCAAAUUAACACCCAAUGGCAUUUAGUCAGUCAGAUCACCUAUUUAUAUAGUGCGCUAAGUGAUUCUUUUUGAAA